GCACUUCAGGUAUAAUAUAAAAGCAGCCAUUGUCAAGCGAUUUUAAUUACUAGCGUCACUCUAGCUCGGGCAUCUCCAUGAUGACGAUCCUACUUUGGAGGUUUGCGUGAAAACCCAAUUCAUUUGUGAACCAGAACUGCUAGUAAAAAUUGUCGUCCUGCAUGAUCUAAUCCGCUUGCGUAUUAGCGAGCGACUAUAGGAGUCCGUUUUCGACCGGCGCAUGCGCAACCCCUCGGUGACGUACAUUUUGGGCAGCCGCGCGCAGGCUGAACGCUUCCUGCCUGGUGCUUGUCGGUCUUUCGGCGGGUUGGUGCGCAAGUGGAGCCAUGGCGAGUGAUUUUUACUUGCGGUAUUACGUCGGGCACAAGGGGAAGUUCGGGCACGAGUUUCUUGAGUUCGAAUUCCGCCCGGACGGUAAACUCAGAUAUGCAAACAACAGCAAUUAUAAAAAUGAUGUGAUGAUCAGAAAAGAGGCAUAUGUUCACAAGAGUGUGAUGGAAGAGCUGAAGCGGAUAAUUGAUGACAGUGAAAUUACAAAAGAAGAUGAUGCACUAUGGCCACCACCUGACAGAGUUGGUCGGCAGGAGCUUGAGAUUGUAAUUGGUGAUGAACACAUAUCGUUUACCACAUCAAAAAUUGGUUCUCUCAUUGAUGUAAAUCAGUCCAAGGAUCCAGAGGGUCUAAGAGUAUUUUACUACCUUGUCCAGGACCUCAAGUGUCUAGUCUUCAGUCUUAUUGGAUUGCAUUUCAAAAUUAAGCCAAUUUAAAUUGUAGGAUUAAGUUUGUACUGUAAAAUUUCCUGUCAUUCUUUGUGUCUUUUAUUAAAUGACUUUUAUGUAUGUCAGUUUGUAUAGGGUGAAUUUAAUAAAUGCUAAAAUAUCUUUUUA